GCGAUAAGGCGCUUCGUUCAUAUCGGCGCAAAUUAGCAAACAUCGCCACCAGCAUCAUUCAAGACGAGAGAGAGAGAGAGAGAGAGACUUUGUGGUGGCUUUAGCAGGCAUGAAGGAAGUACGGUUACUGUAGACAUCUGAGAAGCUGCACAGCGACUCGUUCAGCGCAAGAAAAUAAAGCAAACCAGUCUGCACCAGGAGUACUAACGCAAGCCAAACUCACCCCACCCUCUCUCUCUCUCUCCCCCCUAGCUCUUGCCUGGCUAUCGCGUACUGUAUUGCGCACGUACAGAGUUACAGGCGUUACUGCGACAGUAACAGCAUCACGCAAUACGAAGAGAGUGAGAAGAGGGCCCCCCGGCUGGCGUGGUAAUGGUGAUGAGGCUCGUUGGGGGAAGAGAGGGGGAGGAAUCUGAAACAGGGUGCGUGAGUGUGAAAAGCUUGAAUGCUAUGGACUGAAACGUUUAGAUUGUGCUGGAUACCCGACGCCUCUCAUUACUCUAUUUUGUCGCUUUGCAACUUUCUGUUCUUAAUUUCUGGGUCUUUAACCAUUUCUUCAUUGCCCCGCAUUUACUUCCCAUGAGGCGCCAGAGGAGAAUGAACGGUAUAGCUGCUGCGAACAAAGGGUCUCCACCAGCGAAUAACUCCCCAAAAAAUGGUGACGGAACUUCGACAUUUAGCUAUGGCGGCCUCUCCCGGGAAGGUGAGAAAGAUGUUUUGAAUGAUUCACUGUGGCAAGCAUGCGCCGGCGCUUCUGUCAUUGUUCCUCGCACUGGGGACUUGGUCUACUACUUUCCUCAAGGCCACCUGGAACAGGUGGCUGACUUUACUCGGCAAGAUGGUCACAUGGAACUUCCUGCUAGUGAUUUGCCUUAUAAAAUCCUUUGCAGAGUCAUGGGUGUUCAACUAAAGGCUGAAGCCAACACAGACGAGGUUUUCGCUCAAAUUACCUUAAUUCCUGAGUCAAAGCAAGUUAGUUCAGAUGAUAAAGAGUCUCGACUAAGGCCCAGAACUACUUCCAGAUGCUUUAGUAAGACGCUCACCCUAUCAGAUACAGGUGCACAUGGUGGAUUCUCCAUUCCUAAGAAACUUGCCGAGGAAUGCUUCCCACCUCUGGAUAUGUCUCAGCAACCACCAGGACAAGAGCUUGUUGCGAAGGACUUGCAUGGUGUGGUAUGGAACUUCCGCCAUACCUAUCGGGGUCAGCCGAAACGACACCUGCUUACGGGUGGCUGGAGUUCAUUCCUGCAUUCAAAAAAGCUUGAGCCCCGAGAUACAUGCAUUUUUCUUUGCGGAGAAAAUGGAGAACUUGGUAUUGGGAUCCGUCGAGCACUUAAACAACACAAUAAAGCAUCCCCAUCCACAUGCGUGAUAUCUGGCCAUAGCAUGCAACUCGGAAUAUUGGCCACUGCUUCUUAUGCUGUUGCUACAGGAUCCAUGUUUACUGUCUACUACCGUCCUUGGACUUGUCCCUCUGAAUUCAUUAUUCCACUGGAUCAGUACAUGAAGUCAACUAAAAUGAAAUAUUCAUGUGGAAUGAGGAUACAAAUGCAGUUUGAAGCCGAAGAAUCUACAAAGAGAUAUGCAGGAACCAUAAUAGGUAUUGACGAUAUUGAUGGCAUGAGGUGGCCUGGUUCAGAAUGGAGAUGUCUCAAGGUGAAAUGGGAUGCCAAGCUUGAUACAGAUAUGCGUCCUGAAAUGGUUUGUCCUUGGAACAUUGAGCCCCUGGAAUCUUCCGGGAAGAAUACCGUUAACCUACCGCAACCAAAGAGGUCACGUUUACUUGGCCCAUCGAUGUCUGGAUUAUGCGAUUUUACCAAGGAUGGCAUCGAUCUGAACUCAGCCAACAAUGCAUCUCAGAGAUGUGAAAGGGACUUACAAGGUCAAGAUUACAAAGAUGCAGGCUUCCCACACUAUGACUCACAGUACAGGACGAAGAAUCAACCGCACUUUCAACUGCGAAUCCCUCCUUGCCAUUCUCUUGGUGGCUCAGCACCAUUUCCAGAUGAUGACAUUUCAAUUUCAAGUCACCCCAAACAGCCCCUAAUCCCAACCACUUAUGGCGCAUGUAAUAAUGUGCCCGUCGCCAGGUACCUUUCACCCUCAAAUGUGAAUUCCAGUGACUCUGAAUCCCAGGGGUGGCGGGCUUCUGAAUCGAAGGAUGAGAAUGAUAAUAAAAUUGAGCACAAGCUAUUCGGGAUAAGCUUAAACCACCCGGAGCUCCCUUCACCACAAGUUGCUGCUUCUAGCAGUACUUCAACCCUUCAUGUUCCUCCAAUGUCUCAGUCAUGCGUUUCUGCGACUAUCCCGGUUUCCAAACCAUCAGAGGGUAUUUCAGGUGUUACGUCGCAGAAAAAAUGCAAGAAAUGUAGCUCUGUUAAUAGCAGGACUUGCACCAAGGUGCUUAAGCGUGGAAGUGCACUUGGUAGAUCGAUUGACCUCUCACAUAUUACUGGAUACGAUGACCUCAUUUCUGAACUGGACCUGAUGUUUGAUUUCAAAGGAAGCUUAAUAGAUGGAAGCAGCGGAUGGCAUGUUGUUCCCAUGGAUGAUGACGGGGAUAUGAUGCUGUUUGGAGAUUUCCCAUGGCAGGAUUUCCAGUCCAUGGUGCAAAAGAUGAUCAUUUGUCCAAAGGAGGACUCCAACAACCGGAGUGCUAUUGCUAGCACAGCAGACUCAACAACCUUGUAAUCGCGACGUUUCCGAGUCCUGCAGCACAAUGCAGCCAUUUUGUUGCCUAUGGAACCAAAUGGCAUAUCGCAUUGAUGCAGCCUUGUGAUGUUUUUCUCUUUUACAUUUCUUUCUUUUUCCGGACAAAUUUUGGCUUUCUGUAAUGUGAUGAUCUCGACUUAGCUGAUGUCGUUAACAAUAACAAGUUACUUAUUUUA